AUGAUUCGACUUUAAUAAUUGCAUACUUAAAUUUCAGAAACUGCUGGAUCCAAAGGACAAUCUGUUGAGCAAGUAUAUUAGUUUAUGCCAAUAUCUCCUAUUAGAAAACAUAAUACAAAUUAGAUUGGUUUAAAAACAAUGGAUGGGGAUACAAAGAUACAAAAUUUAUUUUAGAACAAGAUGGAGCAGUCAGAUUAACAGGAAAUAAGUAUAGGUUUUCUAAUUAAAAAAUGAUGAAAUUUAAAGAAUGGGCAGAAGCUAAAGUAGGCAUAGAUUUAAGUUUGAAUUGUGAAGCAUAAGUUGAAAUUCCUACAGAUCCUCCAAUUAUUAAUGAAUAAUUUGUAAAUGCCAUUUAAGGAUUAUUUAAUGAGAUUUCAUUUAAUAAUGCUUAGAGAAUAUUGCAUUCUCAUGGACAUACCAUGCAAGAAGUCCUAAAUUAUAUUAAUAUUUUAGAUCUAUGAAUUAAGACAUGGUAAAUUGGCUAGAAUUGUAGAUUGUGUUAUCUAUAUUAAUUCACAUGCAUAAGCAGAAAUAUUAGUUAAAUUAGCUAGUGAACAUAAUGUAAUGUUGUGUGUUUAUGGUGGUGGUACUAAUGUAACUUGGGCUUUGUAAUGUCCAAAAGAAGAAAAGAGAAUGAUUGUAUCUGUAGAUAUGUCAAGAAUGAAUCAUGUUAGAUCUGUGGAUAGAAAGAAUAUGACUGCCAUAGUUGAGACAGGAAUAACAGGUAAGGAUUUGGAAAAAGAGUUAUCACGUUAUGGAGUUGUUUGUGGUCAUGAGCCUGAUUCUGUAGAAUUUUCUACACUUGGUGGUUGGAUAAGCACUAGAGCAUCAGGUAUGAAAAAGAAUAGAUAUGGGAAUAUUGAAGAUAUCGUACUUUCAGUUAAAGUAGUAACACCAACUGGAACGUUAUCAUAAAGUUUGGAUUAUCCUAGAGUUAGCAGUGGACCUGAUCUAAAUUAAAUUAUUUUAGGUUCAGAGGGAACUUUAGGUAUUAUUACUGAAGCAGUUAUAAAAAUUAAAGCUUAACCAGAGGUAAUUUUAAAAUUUUAAUUUAAGGUAUGUAAAUAUGAAUCUAUUUUAUUCCAUAAUUUUGCUUUAGGUACUGAAUUUAUGUAUCGAUUAUCCAGAAGUAAAGUAUGGCCUGCAUCAGUUAGAUUAGUUGAUAAUAAUCAAUUUUAAUUUGGUAUGGCUUUGAAAACUAUGCCUCAUAACAAGAGGGAAGAAUUUAUGGAUAAAAUAAAAAAAUACUUUAUUACUCAAUUUAUGUAAUUUGAUCCAGAUUAAAUGUGUUUGGUUACUGUUGUAUUUGAGGGGACAAAAUAAGAAAUUGAAUUUUAAGAGAAGAAAGUUUUUGAAUUAGCUAAAUUUUAUAAAGGAUUUAGAGCAGGAGCUGAAAAUGGGGAGAGAGGAUAUUUCUUAACUUAUAUGAUAGCAUACUUAAGAGAUUUUGCUAUGUAAUUUUAAUUUAUAGCAGAAUCUUUUGAAACUUCAGUUGGAUGGAAAAAUGUACCUAGUGUUUGUGAAAAUGUAUAAUGAUUUGAAUAUAAUUAGAUAUAAAGGAGAAUUGUAGAAGAAUGUUAAAAAAGAGGAGUUGAGAAGGAACCUUUUGUUUCUUUUAGAAUUUCUUAGGUUUAUGAUUCUGGUGCAACAAUUUAUGUUUAUUUUGGUUUUGGAUAUAAGGGAAUUACAGAUCCAGUUAAAUGUUAUUCUGAAAUUGAAGAUGCUGCAAGAGAGGAGAUAAUGAAAAAUGGAGGAUCUAUUUCUCAUCAUCAUGGUAUUUAUUGAAAUUUAUUAAAAUUAUUAGGUGUGGGUAAAUUGAGAAAAUAAUUUAUGUAAAAGUAAAUAGGAGAGACAGGAGUAGAGAUUUUAAAGAGAAUUAAGUAACAAAUUGAUCCAAAAAAUAUAUUUGGAAAUCAGAAUUUAAUAUGA